CAGGAGUUGAGAGUGAUAACAACAUUUUCAGCCAUGACUCUCUCAUCAGAUGGGUAAGAAUCCUUGAUUGGUCUUAUAAUUUCUGUUCCACCAUUUUGCUGGCAAUGACAAUGACACUUUUUGUUCUAGAAAACAAUAUAAAAGAUGAUAGUUUGAUAGUUGAAGAGUUUAUUUCCAAAACGCUAUAUCCACCAAUUUGUCACAUUUGUGUUUUUUCAUCAGAAAUUAUUGGUAAUGGGUACCCUCAUGUGUGUAAAAUAUUACUGUUCUCAGAUGUUUUAUUCAUCGAUUUUAAAUGUAUUUAUUUUGCAAAACGCUAUACACUGAGUGUACAAAACAUUAAGAACUCCUUCCUAAUAUUGAGUUGCAUGCAAUGAUAGAUGUUUCCUUGGCUUUACAGAUUAAGGCUAUCAAUGGAAGGGAAACUUUGGGGAUUUUGUUUGACCACAGCCAUUCUGCUCUGUGGCAUUGGCUGCCAAUACAAUUCAAGUGAACAUCGUAAGUUACGUUUUCCCUUGUAAUGUAAACAACACCAAAAUCAUUUGAUUGAAUACUACAUUUUUUAUGCUCAUCAGUCACAAAGGCAUUGCAUUUGAUAUUUAUUCUUAAAAAGUGAACAUUUAAUUUCAAGGGGCUUAAAUCUGAUGUAUUGCUAGUGCAUUUCAAAAAGGGUUUCAUAUAUAUAUAUAUAUAUAUAUAUAUAUAUAUAUAUAUAUAUAUAUAUAUAUAUAUAUAUACAGUGGGGGAAAAAAAAUUUUAGUCAGCCACCAAUUGUGCAAGUUCUCCCACUUAAAAAUAUGAGAGGCCUGUAAUUUUCAUCAUAGGUACACGUCAACUAUGACAGACAAAAUGAGGAAAAAAAAUCCAGAAAAUCACAUUGUAGGAUUUUUAAUGAAUUUAUUUGCAAAUUAUGGUGGAAAAUAAGUAUUUGGUCACCUACAAACAAGCAAGAUUUAUGGCUCUCACAGACCUGUAACUUCUUCUUUAAGAGGCUCAUCUUUCCUCCACUCGUUACCUGUAUUAAUGGCACCUGUUUGAACUUGUUAUCAGUAUAAAAGACACCUGUCCACAACCUCAAACAGUCACACUCCAAACUCCACAAUGGCCAAGACCAAAGAGCUGUCAAAGGACACCAGAAACAAAAUUCUAGACCUGCACCAGGCUGGGAAGACUGAGUCUGCAAUAGGUAAGCAGCUUGGUUUGAAGAAAUCAACUGUGGGAGCAAUUAUUAGGAAAUGGAAGACAUACAAGACCACUGAUAAUCUCCCUCGAUCUGGGGCUCCACACAAGAUCUCACCCCGUGGGGUCAAAAUGAUCAUAAGAACGGUGAGCAAAAAUCCCAGAACCACACGGGGGGACCUAGUGAAUGACCUGCAGAGAGCUGGGACCAAAGUAACAAAGCCUACCAUCAGUAACACACUACGCCACCAGGGACUCAAAUCCUGCAGUGCCAGACGUGUCCCCCUGCUUAAGCCAGUACAUGUCCAGGCCCGUCUGAAGUUUGCUAGUGUGCAUUUGGAUGAUCCAGAAGAGGAUUGGGAGAAUGUCAUAUGGUCAGAUGAAACCAAAAUAUAACUUUUUGGUAAAAACUCAACUCGUCGUGUUUGGAGGACAAAGAAUGCUGUGUUGCAUCCAAAGAACAGCAUACCUACUGUGAAGCAUGGGGGUGGAAACAUCAUGCUUUGGGGCUGUUUUUCUGCAAAGGGACCAGGACGACUGAUCCGUGUAAAGGAAAGAAUGAAUGGGGCCAUGUAUCGUGAGAUUUUGAGUGAAAACCUCCUUCCAUCAGCAAGGGCAUUGAAGAUGAAAUGUGGCUGGGUCUUUCAGCAUGACAAUGAUCCCAAACACACCGCCCGGGCAACGAAGGAGUGGCUUCGUAAGAAGUAUUUCAAGGUCAUGGAGUGGCCUAGCCAGUCUCCAGAUCUCAACCCCAUAGAAAAUCUUUGGAGGGAGUUGAAAGUCCGUGUUGCCCAGCGACAGCCCCAAAACAUCACUGCUCUAGAGGAGAUCUGCAUGGAGGAAUGGGCUAAAAUACCAGCAACAGUGUGUGAAAACCUUGUGAAGACUUACAGAAAACGUUUGACCUGUGUCAUUGCCAACAAAGGGUAUAUAACAAAGUAUUGAGAAACUUUUGUUAUUGACCAAAUACUUAUUUUCCACCAUAAUUUGCAAAGAAAUUCAUAAAAAAUCCUACAAUGUGAUUUUCUGGAUUUUUUUUUCUAAUUUUGUCUGUCAUAGUUGACGUGUACCUAUGAUGAAAAUUACAGGCCUCUCUCAUGUUUUUAAGUGGGAGAACUUGCACAAUUGGUGGCUGACUAAAUACUUUUUUCCCCCACUGUAUAUGUUUUUUUUUACAACAAAUUUCUAUUAGAUCUUGUCCUUAAAUGUAUGCAUUAACCGGCAUUGUAUAUCCAGGUCAUACAGUACUGAUAGUGGACGAUGACACAUAUUCAGGAGUCAUUAGGAAUGGGAAAGGUUGUGCAUCUCAGACUAACUGUUCAGGUACAGUAUGAUAACUAACUAGUUAGUGGAGAGGUGAAACAUUGCCAAAAUAUAAGCACAUGUCAGUGCCACAGCUUAAGAUAUACAUGGAGUAUACAAAACAUUAGGAACACCUUCCUAAUGUUCAGUUGCACCCCCCCUUUUGCCCUCAGAACAGCCUAUAUUUGUUGGGGCAUGGACCCUACAAGGUGUCGAAAGCGUUCCACAGGGAUGCUGGCCCAUAUUGACUCCAAUGCUUCCCACAGUUGUGUCAAGUUGACAGGAUGUCCUUUGGGUGGUGGACCUUUCUUGAUACACACAGGAAACUAUUGAAUGUGAAAAACCCAGCAGCGUUGCAGUUCUUGACACAAACCGGUGCGCCUGGCACCUUCUUCUAUAACCCAUUCAAAGGCACUUAAAUAUUUUGUCUUGCCCCUCUGAAUGGCACACAAACACAAUCAUGUCUCAAUUGUCUCAAGGCUUAAAAAUCCUUCUUUAACCUGUCUCCUCCCCUUCAUCUACACUGAUUGAAGUGGAUUUAACAAGUGACAUCAAUAAGGGAUCAUAUCUUUGACCUGGAUUCACCUGGUCAGUCUAUGUCAUGGAAAGAGCAUAAUGUUUCAUAAUGCUUUGUAUACUCAGUGUACAUUGCCUUCUUUCCAGAUUGGAUAGGGAAUUGUACCUUACAGAAGGAAAUCCUGGGGUUCUGCAUCAUAUCCACUGGAGAGAACACAACAACAUCAGGUAGUCUUACUUUCUGUAAAACCUUACGUCGAUCUAUAACCACUGUUACAGAGUCCAGUUAUGGGUAUUCAAAACAUUCAAAUUCAUUUUAUGAAUACUUUGUUGUAAUGCUGUAUGUAUCUUUAGAACAAUGUCAUCCAGGAUUCCCCAACUGUACAUUUGAAGUGAGGAAAGAUGAACAUUCACACAUCAUAACUCUGAGUAAAGAUGUUGUCAACAAGAAAGAGCUCAACUUGUGGUUUCUACUGAGAAAGAACAUCACGUGUAAUCCAUCACAGUUCUAUCAAAAUGCCACAGGUAAAGUAGAUGUAAUAAUUUUUAUUCGUAACAUAUACUUUUAUCAGAGAUGUUUGGAUAACAUAGCCAAGCUACUGCAGCCAUUGAGGUGUAGGCUACAGCACACUGUACUUUUGGGGCAGUUUCAUGUUUUGCAUUCAAUAACUGUUAUAUAGUGCCCUCUGCUGGUACAUGCUAGAUCAAACAUACAAGUUCUGUAAUGCAGCCCUAUGGUCAGCCUACAACUACUGUUAAACUAUUAGUCCUAACCUUUCAACGGGUUGUACAUUUCCAUUUAAUUCCCAUCAAAAUAAUACAUCUACAAACACUUACACGAAUAACCAUAACAUUAUCAAUUAGGCAAAACAUUACAGCAUAUACAGUAUGUGUUUCAGUAUUAAUUGUGUGUUCCAGGGUCUGUUCAUUUGACUGUAAUGCCUGCCUGUAUAAAUGGAGGUACGUUUUCAGACGCAUGCAUGUACUGCCAUUCUUAGGGGCCCAUAUCAUAAACAGCAGGAGAGAUCUAACUGCAUCAUUUUAUUUGUAACAGUUACUAUUUUGAUUUCAGUAUGAUUUAACCAUGUGCUUUUGUAAUUAUCUAAAAGGUAAUCAGACUACUCUGGUGAAGCCAGAAACCCUUUGUGGAAAGAAUUCAACCUAUGAUGCAGAUGCUUGCAGAAGUACAGUACAUGCCAAAUAUUUAUAUACUGUCAUAAUGUUAAAAUGAGUAAUGAUUUACUGUACUGUAGUUCUAAUGAAGAAGUUCACACUAGACAUUCAAAUGUGGUCUGAGCAAAAUGCAUUGUUUUUGUUUUGAUUGAUUUGCAGAUAAGACCCCAGAUACAUUCAUUCUUAAGAUCACUGCGAAGGUACCAAAUAGUUGUCUAACAUGUGACAACCCUGUUAAGAAGCCGGAUACAAACAUAGUUUUACCCGACUUCCAACAGGAAAGCUCAAGUGGGGUCAUAAGUGCUGAUUUGGCAUCGUAAGUUUUUAGAUUUAAGAAGCACAUACAGUAUACAAUAUAUAUACAAAAGUAUGUGGACACCCCUUCAAAUUAGUGGAUUCGGCUAUUUCAGCCACACUCGUUGCUGACAGGUGUAUAAAAUCAAGCACACAGCCAUGCAAUCUCUAUAGACAAACAUUGGCAGUAGAAUGGCCUUACUGAAGAGCUCAGUUACUUUCAACUUGGCACCGUCAUGGGAUGGCACCUUUCCAACAAGUCAGUUUAUCAAAUUUCUGCCCUGCUAGAGCUGCCCUGGUCAACUAUAAGUGCUGUUACUGUGAAGUGGAAACAUCUAGGAGCAACAACGGCUCAGCAGCAAAGUGGUAGGCCACACAAGCUCACAGAACGGGACCGCCGAGUGCUGAAGCGAGUAGCGCAUAAAAAUUGUCUGUCCUCAUUUGCAAUUCUCACUACCAAACUGCCUCUGGAAGCACAAGAACUGUUUGCUGGGAAUUUCAUGAAAUGGGUUUCCAUGGCCGAGCAGCCGCACACAAGCCUAAGAUCACCAUGCUCAAUGCCAAGCAUCGGCUGGAGUGGUGUAAAGGUUGCCACCAAUGGACUCGGGAGCAGUGGAAACACAUUCUCUGGAGUGAUGAAUUACACGUCACCAUCUGGCUGUCCGACGGACAAAUCUGUGUUUGGCGGAUGCCAGGAGAACACUACCUGACCCAAUGCAUAAUGGCAACUGUAAAGUUUGGUGGAGGAGGAAUAAUGGUCUGGGGCUGUUUUUCAUGGUUUGGGCUAGGCCCCUUAGUUCCAGUGAAGGGAAAUCUUAAUGGUACAGCACACAAUAACAUUCUACACGAUUCUGUGCUUCCAACUUUGUGGCAACAGUUUGGGGAAGGCCCUUUCCUGUUUCAGCAUGACAAUGCCGCCAUGCACAAAGCGAGGUCCAUAUAGAAAUGGUUUGUCGAGAUCGGUGUGGAAGAACUUGACCUGCCUGCACAGAGUCCUGAGACCUCAACCCUAUCGAAAACCUUUGGAAUGAAUUGGAAAACCGACUGCGAGCCAGGCCUAAUCGCCCAACAUCAGUGCCCAACCUCACUAAUGCUCUUGUGGCUGAAUGGAAGCAAGUCCCCGCAGCAAUGUUCCAACAACUAGUGGAAAGCCUUCCAAGAAGAGUGGAGGCUGUUAUAGCAGCAAAGGGGGGACCAACUCCAUAUUAAUGCCCAUGAUUUUGGAAUGAGAUGUUCGACGAGCAGGUGUCCACAUACAUUUGGUCAUGUAGUGUAUUAAUACAGUAAUACUAAUAGUUUAUGUGGCAACAAACAUCUUCUGGUGGAGAUGAUGUAAUAGUGGUGGCAACAAUCAUGUUGGUUUUAGGGGAUACAAUUUAGGGGAUAUGAUUUAGGUUCAUCACAUCAAAGUCUAGACCAUGGCAAACUCUGAUCUCAUCUAUAUUUCAAUGUUCUCUCACUAUGACAGUGAGGCUAUGAAAAAUCUCUCCUUUUUGACUGAGCGGAUUGGAAAUUUCAGCACUGCAACCAUUUCAAUGGGCAAGGUUAAAGGAUUCCUUAGUAGACUUCAUAAAGAAGACCCCAAAGAUAUCAACUUUGGCUUUUCCCCUAACAAGAAUCUGAGUGUAAGUACAGUAACUUUAUUACUAGAGGUAGAACAAUGAUUACUAAUAGUCCGUUAACUUAUUAUGAAAGGAACUGUUUUAUUCUUAAACAAAAUGCUGAGAACUGUACACAGAUUGAUGAAGAUUGAAAUUAUAAUUAUUCUCCUUUGUAGAUUGUUGAAGACAGGUAUGCUCUGAAGAAAGAUUUCAAUCAAUCUGUGCGUGUGUCCAAAGAAGCCUAUGACAUGGCACUCAAUAAGAGCGGAACUUUUGUCGGGAUUCUUGUCUUUCCCAGCAUGUCCCAGGUAAACAUGAAAAUUACUUUGACUAAAAGUUACUUUUUAAAAGCAGUAAUUUAAUAUACUGUACUGUUAAGCAUAAGAGGUAAUCAUGUUACAAGUGACAGGUUACGUUACACUUUAUCCUUCCAACAUGUCUUCUCCUCACUCUUUCCAGGAUGAAAAGAAGAGCAUUGUUCUAAAUGGUGAGGUAGUUGGAAUAGACAUGGGAGUCCACAUAGCUAAUCUCUCAGACACCAUUGAUAUUGAGUACAGAAAUAUUGACAAGGUAAGAGAGACAUUGCAUCAUGUUACUGGAACAUAUUUUGAUUAGUAAGCCUAUGCAUGAAAUAAUUAAGGAGUUAUGCAUAAAUUAUAUGUUUUACACAGGUGGGAUUCAAUGUCUUUUGCAAUUCUUGGAAUGGCAAAGGUAUUUAUCUUUCUUUCUGUACAUUUUCAAACCAUUUGGUUCUUUUAAUGUAUAGAACAUUGAUCAUUUAAAAGCCAAACAUUCAACAACUUCCAACAGAGAGGAUUGUGGAAUAUUUUUCUCUUUUAGGAAAACUACCCAAUUGGACCACAGAUGGAUGUCAAACCUUGGAGAGCAACAAUAGCAUAACGUGCCAAUGCACUCAUUUAUCAUUUUUUGCUAUACUAAUGGUGAGACGUCCUCUCCAUCAUCUCCUGUUUAAAGUUAUGUUUCUGUGACACUUUUAAUCACAUCCAUAAGCUUAUUCACUUCUUAUUGUGAUCAUACACAGUCACCUCCACCAAAUAACAUCAGUGCCUCAGAUGUGGCAUCUCUAACCUACAUUAGCUACAUCGGCUGUGGAUUUUCUAUGUUCUUCUUGGGAAUAGCUCUCUUCAUGCAGUUUGUGAUAAGGUAUUUUUCAUUAUUCAACACAACACCGUACAGUGUGAGUAUGAUGACCAGUAGAGCUCUAUAGCAGGGCUGACGAGCUAAUUGAGAAUACUGAUGCUGAAACAACAAACUCUUUUCUCUUCUGGUUUCACAGCAAAACCAAAUCUAGCCAAGCCACCAAGAUCCUUGUCAACCUCUUCUUGGCUAUGUUGUUCCUGAACCUGACCUUUCUGAUCAACGAGACCAUUGCAGCCAUGGGGAGCUAUGUUGCAUGUGUCAUCAUAGCAGCAGUCAUGCACUACUCCAUGUUGUCCACCUUCACCUGGUUCCUCAUUGAGGCAGUCCACUUGUUCCUGCAGCUGAAGAAACUCAACGCUAACAUCAAACAUUAUAUGCUGAAGGUUUACGUUGUGGGAUGGGGUGAGAACAAAGUAAUAUUUGGGUGUAUUAGAAUGCUCCUCAAUGUACAUUAUUGAUUGACACAACAUACAGAUGUACUAUCUUAAUUUGAUUACUCUGUUGUCGCAGAGAAUUGUCCUGCAAAGCAGGAAAUGCAAACUUGUAGUGUAUUCUAGGUUUAAAAAGGCUUUUAAAGUUUGUAAUAUCUACUUAAAAAUGAUACACUUGACUAAUGAAAAAUGUAUCAACCCCUACAAUAAUGUCCAUUCAUUAUAAUCCACACAAUAUUUCACAUUUCCUUGUUGCUGCAGGAUUAUUUUCCUACUGUGAGAAACUAUUCAAAUUAAAACAGUAUAUCUGUGCCUACGGUUUUAUCUCCUCUGAUUGCACUAAAUCAUACCAGUUGCAUCAUGCAUCUGGCAUCAACCCAGUGUGAAUGUUUCUCCUUUUCUCCAGUCCUUCCAGCUCUAGUGGUCAUCGUCCUUCUGGGACUGGAAAAAUAUAAAUUAAUGUCCAUAAAAACAGAUGAUGGGAAUUCAGUGAAAAUGUAAGUGGAAAUUGGACUUUUGGAAUUGUCUGUUCUUUGUCCUAAGGAUAUGAUAAUCAGAAACCAUUUACCUCAUCAACUGCUGAAAUACAUUUCAGGUGCUGGAUCACUGACAUCUACAUCCAUUAUGGAGUCAACAUCGGCUAUUACGCCUGGGUGUUUGUCUGGACUUUGACCAUCUUCAUCAUUGUAGUGAGACGGAUCUUUUUCCUGAGGAAGACCAAGGCAGGCGAGGGCCAGAACGACCCAGCGUCCAAGAACACCCUGACCAUCCUGGGGCUGCUCUUCCUGCUGGGCCUCACCUGGGGCUUUGCCUUCUUCAGCUUCGGACCCAUGGUCAUCCCAUCCUACUACAUCUUUAGCAUACUCAACUCCUUCCAAGGUAGGCAUCACUCAAUAAUGACUGGGGUUUAGUGUGUGGUUGUCCAUGUAUCAUAGGGCCAGGACCUUUUGCCUAACCAUGUGACCAGACCAGGUUAAACUUCCAGCUCUAGAGAUUUUCCUGGUCAGGUCAUGCUGUGUGUCAUAGUUGAUGUCUAAAGCCAUUCCAGGACUGAUAGUGACUGAGCUUCCAUCUUUCUCCAGGCUUCUUCCUGUUCCUCUACUACUACAACACCAACACGAUUGUUGGUGAUGACAGGAACUCUGUAUUCACCAACCAGAGCACCUCUACUUCUUCAAACAUCUAUGACGUCACUCCCAGUCUCAAUAAGUAGCUUAGAUCGGGGCCGUUGGUGUAUCUUACAACAUUAGGUUUAUAAUUGCAAUACACUGAGCACAACCAAUCAUGACAAAAUCAGGAAGUUUUUAAGAUGUUUAAUACUCUAUUUAAUAAAUGAAAAGUAUAUAUAUUUUUUUAACUCUAUUUCUAUUUGCUUAUCUUUGUGCAAGAAUUACAAGAAUUACUUAUUUCUGUAAUUUAGUUGUUUAUAUAUAGUCCUUAAAAAAAAUAAACACAUUGAAAAUGCUAUCAAUAUCAAUGUUGUUGUUACAGUAUAGAAUGUUACCAAAAGAAUUUCGGUUUAAAGGGAAAUUACAAAAAUGUUCAACUUCAUAUUUAUCAUCUCCAGCACCACCCAUCAACAUAAUGUGAAAAUGGCACAUUUCUAUGUUUUGUAGUAAAAAAGAUAGAGGAAGAUAAGUGUUUCCAAUGACAUCAUCAGUCAAUUAGUAAACAAUUAGUAGGUAAUGCCUAAUCAUAAUUGGUAAAAAUCACAUGAUGCACACCGAUGAUGUCAUUGGAAACACUUAUCUUCCUCUAUCUUUUUUUACUACAAAACAUAGAAUUGUGCCAUUUUCACAUAUGUUGAUGUUGGGGUGGUGCUGGAGAUGAUGAAUAUGAAGUUAACAUUUUUUGAAAUGUCCCUUUAAGGUAAUGAAAUCUUAAUUACUGUAUAGUAAAUCAGUAAAUCAGUUUGACACAAGGGGGCAGUCUUGUCCAACUUUAGAUCUUACUAUAGCGUGAGAGCUGAUCAGCUACCUUCUCUCUCUCGCUCUCUCUCUCUCCCUCUCUCUCUCUCUCUCUCUCUCUCUCUCUCUCUCUCUCUCUCUCUCUCUCUCUCUCUCUCUCUCUCUCUCUCUCUCUCUCUCUCUCUCUCUCUCUCUGUAUCUAAGUCUUCAGGGGUCUUGAAUUCUGAAUGA